AAACGUAUUACUUUAUGUUUAGGUAAUAAACAAAGUAUGGAUUCAUUAUAAAAGAUUACUCUGUUUCAUUUGCCUCUGCACUUUCAUCAACAAUGGCAGCAAUGAUCACCUUUGACUUUCAAAACAGCUUCAUCUUCAUCCUCUUUUUUCUCUUCUCUCUCCUUUGUUACUCUCUCUUCUUCAGGAAACCAAAGGGCUCACGAGCUGGCCGUGAUCUUCCUCCGAGCCCUCCUUCUUUUCCUGUAAUUGGUCAUCUUCACCUUCUUCUCUCUGCUCUUGUUCACAAGUCUUUUCAAAACAUCUCCUCUAAGUAUGGACCUCUUCUCCAUCUCCGCGUCUUCCACAUUCCCAUAGUCCUCGCCUCCUCGGCCUCAGUGGCCUACGAGAUCUUCAAGGCCCAAGAUGUGAAUGUCUCCUCUCGCGGUCACGCUCCAGUCGGGGAGUCUCUCUGGUUUGGAUCGUCUAGCUUCUUCUUCGCUCCCUAUGGAGAUUACUUUAAAUUUAUGAGGAAGCUCAUAGCCACAAAGCUUCUUGGACCACAGGCACUCGAGCGUUCACGAAAAAUCCGUGCAGAUGAGCUAGAUCGGUUUUACAAAACCUUGCUUGACAAGGCGAUGAAGAAGGAGAGUGUUGAGAUCGGUGAGGAAGCAGCGAAGCUCAAUAACAAUAUCAUCUGCAAGAUGAUCAUGGGGAGGAGUUGUUCAGAGGAGAAUGGUGAGGCGGAGAAAUUCAGACACUUGGUGAUCGAGUCGAUGGCUUUGACAAAGCAAAUCUUCUUUGGUAUGAUCUUUCACAAACCGCUUAAAAAGCUCGGGAUCUCACUGUUCCAAAAGGAUAUACUAAGUCUUUCCCGCAAGUUCGACGAGUUGCUGGAGAAGAUUCUUUUUGAACACGAAGAGAAAAAGGCGGAGCACAAUCAAGCUAAUGACAUGAUGGAUUUUUUGUUGGAAGCUUAUGGAGACGAAAAUGCAGAGUAUAAAAUCACAAGAAACCAUAUCAAGUCCUUGUUCGUGGAUCUUGUCAUUGCAGGGACUGACACCUCGGUGCAAGCAACACAGUGGACAAUGGGGGAGCUCAUUAACAACCCUAAGAUUCUUCAGAGAUUGAGAGAAGAAAUCGAAUCGGUUGUAGGGAACACAAGAUUAAUUCAAGAAAAUGAUUUACCAAACCUCCCUUACUUGCAAGCGGUAGUCAAAGAAGGGCUAAGAUUGCAUCCGCCGGGGUCUAUCUCGGUAAGGAUGUUUCAAGAAAGGUGUGAACUCAAAGGGUUCUACAUACCGGAGAAGACAUUACUUGUUGUUAAUACUUAUGCUAUAAUGAGAGAUCCUAAUUUCUGGGAAGAUCCUGAGGAGUUUAAACCUGAGAGGUUUAUAGCAUCUUCAAGAUCAGAGCAAGAGGACGAGGUAAGAGAGGAAGUCUUGAAAUACAUUCCUUUCUCCGCGGGAAGGAGAGGCUGUCCUGGAUCAAAUCUAGCUUAUAUCUCUCUAGGAAUCGUGAUUGGGGUAAUGGUGCAGUGCUUUGAUUGGAGAAUUGAAGGAGAGAAAGUAAACAUGAAUGAGGCUGCUGAAACAACUGCGUUGUCCAUGGCUCAGCCUCUUAAGUGCACUCCUGUUUCUCGAACCAAAAACCCUUUGCCAUCAAGUCUACAUAUUCCCAGUUCUUGAUUUGGAGAUUUUAGCUUUGCCUUUUGUUGUUUUUGUCUCAUGAUUGCGCGUGAUUCCUGUUUACUGGUUACCUUUGGUUUAAAUUGCUUCUUCAAUAAACUGUGUUGUUCUUGUGUGUAAUUAUGUGUUGGCAAUAACUUUGAAAUAUUAUUAUUUUUGUUUAGGCCUUGUGUGUUACAUACAAC